GCUCGCUCUCUCCCUCCCACUCCCCUAGGCUCUCCCCUGGGUACAGCUGGAGUUAGGGAUCAGGGGACUGAGAGGUGACACCAAGCCACCAACCUGACUUGCUCAGUCCUGCUGGUGCCUCCCCGCUACCUGGCCGGGACGGACCUCCCCUCGCUCUGCCGCUCGCUCUCUUGCUCCGCCGUCUCAGCGAUGGGUUCCUGGGCAGAGGCGCUCGCCCUGUACAUGAGAUUCGGAUGCAUAGUCACCCUCGGGUGGGCAGAGUUAAACACCGAAUGCUACACUGCUAAUGGUGCCGACUACCGAGGCUGCCAGAAUCGAACCUCAGACCAAGGAGGAAAACCCUGCUUGUAUUGGAAUGAAACCUUCCAGCACCCGUACAACACCCUCAAGUACCCAAAUGGGGAAGGAGGCCUUGGGAAUCAUAACUAUUGCAGAAACCCAGACAAUGAUGUGAGGCCAUGGUGUUACAUUGCUGAGCAUGAAGAUGGCGUGUACUGGAAAUACUGCGACAUACCAACAUGUCCACAAGUGAUGCCGGGCUACCUAGGCUGCUUUAAAGACAAUGGUGACCCCCCACCGUUAACAGGCAGCAGCGAGACAUCCAACAAGCUGACCAUCCAGACCUGCAUUAAGUUUUGCAGGAGUAAGAGGUUUAAGCUCGCUGGCAUGGAGUCCGGCUAUGCAUGUUUCUGUGGGAAUGAUGCUGAUUACUGGAGACAUGGGGAGGCAAACAGCACAGAAUGUAACCACGUGUGCUUUGGCGAUCACACUCAGCCCUGUGGAGGGGACGGCAGGAUAAACAUCUUUGACGCAAUGAUUGGGGCCUGUGGUGGGAAUUACUCCAUGGACGCUGGUAUCAUUUACUCCCCCGAUUUCCCUGACAACUACGCCAGUGGCAGGGUGUGUUACUGGACCAUUCAAGUGCCCGGCGCUUCUCUCAUUCGAUUUGACUUCGCCUUGUUUGAUAUCAGGGACUCAAGUGACAUGGUGGAGUUUUUGGAUGGCCGCAGCAACAAUGUUCUUGCCAGGUUCGAUGGGAGAAACCGGCCAAAUGAAAGCCUGAAUGUGUCAGCCAGCUUUGUCAUCUUGUACUUUUACUCUGACCGGGUGAACCAAGCUGAAGGAUUCGCUGUCUUGUACAAAGCCAUUAAAGACGAGCCCCAAUCCCAGCCUCCAGCAAGCAAGAAUGAUCUAAAUACAUCUGAUGUGUUGACGGAGAAGGUCAGUCCUGGGACCAAUGUGGCACGGUCAUCGAAGAUUCUCUACUUCAUCACAGCAAGUCCCAACCAACCAAACCAGAACAUGCCAGUGUGGACCAUCUAUGCCUUGGCAGCCCUGCUGACACUGACUGUGAUAGCAAUGAUUUCAAAGAUACUUCUCCAUCUAACAAUAAAAUCUCGUAGAAUUCCUGCACAAAACAGCUCAGAGAACUGCAACCAGCCAUCCCCAUCUGAACCCUGGGUCAUCACCUACAAACCUUCGACUAUUCUGUUCUUUAAGAAAAAGCUGAAGGAUCAACAUGGAGAUCGAAGUCCACUUGUGGGUGACUAAACUACUGCAGUCACAGAGACCGAGCACCACAAGAACUACCGCCACUAGUCCUCGAAAUGAAAGCUCCUUCAAAUUAUCUUUCAGUUGCAACAUCCAGCACUUUGAUACCUCAGUGUGAAGGUGACUUUAAGCUCACUGAAUUAAGCACUUCACAACGGACACACGCAUUAUUGCAUGUCCAUUCGAAACACCAUCAGACCAGUUGGCUAGCAUCUCCAAAGCAAGUGUCCAAUAAGAAUCCAAGAUCUCGGAAAUUUUGGUACAAGGUGUUCCUACAGUUCACAGGCAGAAGGCUGCCAAACAGUAUGGCAUCAUAGACACUUGCUUGAAGAUCUACUGGGCUCUAAUAAUGGACAAUUAGUUCAUCUGGCUCUCAGAAUCCUGGAUACUGAUGCAGAUCGGUGUCAAAUCAAUCCUUCUAGCAAGGAUACUUUUGCAGUUGACUCCUCUGUCAAAUCCAUGCCAGGAACAUUCAGCUCUUCUAGCCAUGCUUGUCUGCACUAUUUAGCUGAACUCUACGGGUGAUUUCUUGACAGUUGCAGAAGAUUAAGACGUUUUCACACCAAACCUGCUCUUAAAUUCUCGAACUUAACCUACAAUCAAGGUGUGGGGAAAGACUAUAAGUUUUCUGCAGGAAACCAUUGUAAAAGUCCUGGCCAGUCCAUCUUAUCCUCUGAAGCUUUUGAUGUAUCACAGGCUGAUCAAUGUGUCCUUGAAAGAAUCAUAAGAGGGAUCCAGGAAGACCCUCAACUCUAUAAAUCCAUAAGAGGAAUCUGUUGGGAAUAAGGAACCCAGGGAUGGACUUUGUGCAAAGUUCCCUGUUUGCUAAAACUGGCACUUAUGGCCUGGCUGAGUGACCUGGUAAUGGGUCAGUUAUGUUGGGGUUGCCAACAUAAACUUUAAUCAAGCCUCUCCUGCCUCUUCAGAAAAGCUUAAAUCCAAAAUAAGGAGUGUAUGUGUGUGCAUAAUUUUGUUUGUAUUUAUUUAUAUUUCCUCCCCUCUUUAUUAACCUCUCACAGGCAGACACUUCACCUUGCACUGUUGCCUGGUAUGUUCUGUUCUCGGUUCAUUGCCAGCACUUGGGUGUGACUGGAUUCACUAGGAGCACUGUUAGUGGCUGGGAUUGACUUCCCCUUGGUACAUAUGGAAAGCAUUUACAACUGUUGUUCAAUUCCUGCUCCACUCACUCCCUCUUACCCCUGGGUGAGAUUGGGAACUCUCUCUGUACCGAGUAUUGAUGGAAAAUCUGCACCUUUAUCUCUGUAUCAAAGCACUUAUGUAACCAAACCACCGAGGCAGAAAAGGACUUUGGACUAAGUCUUGUUGGUUGAAAUCAUCAGUAGGAGAGCCAGAGGAUCUAUUGCUCAGGGAGGCGUUAAUAGAUCGGGGUCCUGAAGAUUAUCUGUGGAAGAGUAUCCUUAAGGACAGGACAAAUGUAGGGAGAGACUCUGCACAUAUUCAUCCGUGAGAAGUUCAAACUUAAAUAAACCCUUUCCCAUAUGGUUUAAACUCCUUGUCUCCAGUCAAUUGUGCAGAACCAUUAUAUGGUAAAGGGAGUGUUGACACUGGACUGAAAUUGGGCCUGGCGCCUCAUUAGCAUUUGUUGGAUGAGUUGCUGCUGGCCAUCGAAGUACAGUGAUGUGGAUGGGGUGGGGCCUGAGGCAGCAGCCAAUCACCACAUAGGAGGUGACGUACACACACUGCCCUCAACUUGCUCCACAAUGCCUGCCUUGAAAUUUUCUUUAAAGUGCAUAUCUUUUGGUAGCAUAUUUAAGCAUACUUUAUACAUCAGAUGUUGAUUUCCCCAGUAUUGGCCUUUGUUGUGAAAAACAUAUGAGAUAGGAUAGGUAUAGGCCAUAUGCCCUGUUAAGUUUGUUCCAUCACUCACUGAGAUCGUGACUGAUCCUCAAACUCAACAUGAUUCUUAACCAAAUCCCUAUAAUCCUUGAUUCCCUCACAAUCCAAAAAUCUCAGCACUGGGUUUAUUCACUGUCCAAGCAUCCAUUAACUGCUGGGGUAGAGGCUUCGGGGUGAAGAAAUGUCUCCUCACCUCAAUUCAGAAUGCCAAUCAUUUCAAGCUGAGACUAUAACCCUAGUUCUGGGCUUGCAAGCCAGAGGUUUCCCAACAUCGACCGUGUCUAACUCUCUUAAAAGCUAUAUUACAAUAAGGUGACCUUCCUUCUUCUUGAUUCCCAAGAGGACAGGUCCACCCUACUCAAUUGCACUUGUUUCCUGCUUGUCAAGGGGCAUAUAGAGUCCACUCCCUUAGGGCCAAUAUGCUUCCAUUCCAGUCCAGCAACUGAUUAACUGGAGAUUCCAAGAUUUAGGUUAAUUUACCAAAAAAUGAAAUCCUGAUGGUAUUUUAAUGGGAGUGUGGCGCAAGGCAGGGUAUGUGCAGGUUCUCUGUCAGCAGAGAAUGCUGCUUAUUGUGGCGGUUUUCAGUACAGCACACCAGAACAGCACCUGAAUUGAGACAGAAUGGCAUCUCUCACAUCUGAGGUAAAUGGCAGUGUUUGGAGCUCUGGGCUAGUCAUGCAUGAAAUUACAGCCUGCCAGACAUUAAAGAUAGACCAAAGCUAAUAAACCUCAGGCUAAAUAUCUCAGAUAUCUGCUACAAACAGUCAGCCUUUUCAAUACAUCAAAGGCCAAAGCAAAUGUUGCCAGUUGCUAAAAACCUCUCCCUUUUGUUGUAUGUAUAUUGUGACAGCAUUAAGAAAAAUAUUGUUUUUACCCCUAAGUUACAUUAAUCAUAAAUACAUUGAAAUUGAACAAGGUUGAAAUAUUUUAUGAGAAAAAUCUGAAUAUAUUUGCAGCCGUUGGCUUUCUAAACCACCGUCUAAUCAGACUUAAUGAGUGAUGGCAUGUUGACAUGUGCCAGAACUGAAUGGCAAAGUGCCAGACUCUUACUAUGUCAUCUUACAGCUUUGCAGGGUUAUUUUUUGAGGAGCACUGGUUUACUGAGAAAAAAUACAGUGGGGAAAUGAAACAAUAUCCACCUCAGGUGAUCAGUGUGAAAUGUGUCCAGCAAAAGGUGUGAAAAACAUAUGAAAAAUGUAAACAAGAGCAGUGCUUCCUUUAUAUUCCAAUGCACAGGUGUGUAUUUUGCUGUAUAAAUCCACAGAGAUCGUUAGUCCAAAAUGAGAAGGUAUAUUUAAUAUUAAGAGAAGCAACAGCACUAAACAGGUUAGCUGGGGUAAGAAUAAACAGGAUGAAAGUGAACAGCCACACAGAAACAUGGCGUAAUUCCCUUGACAUCCCUUCAUUAUCUGUUUCCUGUAUCGGCUUGACAUUUACAAACUGAAUGAGAGCAGCAAAAGGACCGCUCCUCUUGUCAAGUUUAGUUUUGGAUUUUGGAGGUGUGCUUUAAAUGGUCAAGUUAUUGUGGACGUACAUGACCCACCCAUUUGUGAAGUGUUACCAAAAAGGCUUCCUGAAGAUUUCUUCAAAGGGUCCUGUGAACAAUACCAGGUCUCUCAUGUUGCAACACAGGACUUAGAGUGCUGCCAGUGGGUUCUAGUUUGAAGUUACACAUUAAUAAUACAUUUCAAAGGUUGUAUUUCUGGAAGAGUUUUUUUUUAAUUACUUUUAGUAGUUAAGGGGCUACAUGAAUUUUCAGGCUUUUUGAUCAUGAAUGAGUCUGCAUACUUGGCAUGUUCAUACAUGCACUGCUUGCUCUUUCUUCUGCCAAAGUAGGCUUUAAUUAGGGUAAUUGAACAAAGAUAAUUAAAGUAGAACAAGGUCUUAUCUCUUACUUUGGGUGGGAUGUCUUUUCCUUCUGAUUUUUUUGUUAACAUUAAUGUGGGGGAGCACUUAGAUUUGUUGGGGCAAAUUCAUCAGGUGAUGAACUUGUAUUGAUUGGAUUGUACUUAAGCCUAGUGAUUGCUCAUUUUAUUUUUCAUUUGAGGUCAUUGGCCCUGCUUUUCCCACAAUGCCUGUUGCCGCAAGUUGUCUCCCUUUGGUUGAGAGCAUGUUAUUGCCUGGGCCCCAGUCUUCUCCGCUGUAGUUGUUAUUAAGUGAACGUCGUGGCAUUGAUGUGGUCAAGUGGACUAAAUUCCAACAAAAUGAAAUAUUCUGUUGUCAGGGUGCAUUCCAGAUUGAAGUCUGACUGACUGGCUUCUGAGUGCUCUGGACAGUCAUGUGGCAUUGCUAACUUAUAGACAUUGCCGGGGGUUUUGAGCCCAUAACUGUCUGUUUUGGAGGCAAGCAAUGACAUGUCAAACCACCGCACUAUUGUUAAUCACAGGCUGUAUGUUAAUCCAGUUCUGGUUAUAAUUUCUCCACUACCACAUACAUAGCCUUGUUACUGUUCUGACACUGAAGGAGGAACAUUUGGGCAUGGGGCUCUUGCACUGAGAUUUGGAACCUUGACACUUGCCAGAAGCUUUGGAAUAAAUGGAUAAAGGUAAACUGGAGGAGAUUGGCUGGCACAAAGGCACAGCUAGUAGGGCUAUUGCUUUGCAGCUCCAGUGAUCCGGGUUCAGUCCUGGCCUCUGGUGCUGCCUGUGUGAAGUUUGCACGUUCUCCCUGUGACCACGUGGGUUUCCCCUGGAUACACUGGUUUCCGCCCGCAUCCCAAAGACGUGUGGGUUGGUAAUUGGCCACUGUAAUUUGCCCCUAGUGUAGGUGGAUGAUAGAUUCUUUGGAAUGGCGGGGAGUGGGGGGGGGGGGUAGUUGAUGGGAAUGUGGGGAGAGUAGAUUACAGGGAAAAUUAGUGUGGGGAAUAGGAUUGCUGUAUGAGCUGGCAUAGACUCGAUAGCUGAAUGGCCUUGUACAUCACUAGAAAAUAUGAAUAUUAAGUAAAAUGGAAAUGCUCAGCAGGUUAGACAGCCUAUGUAGGGAAGAGAAAAACAGAAUUAACAUUUCGGGUCUAUGAACAAAAAUUUCCCACAUCUGCAAUGAAAUUCCGAUAAUCCGACAAAUUUUGGUGGUGCCGGACUAGAAGAUUUUCCGGACUACUGGAUGUUACUCGGACAGAAGGUUGAAGCGAGACAUCAUCAUAACCAGCUGAGACAGGGUAACUGGAGGGAAGCUGUCCCCAUUAUCAGACUGUUCAUGAACUGGGGCACAAGUUCAAACUUUUGGACAAAGGUGCAGAAGAAUGAGAGGAAAAUCUUGUCUUUAUAUUGUUAAUAUCUGAAACUGAUUGAAAACAAAUCAAUCAGAGCUUUUAAGAAGGAAUUGGAAAGGCAUUUGAAGGAAUACAUUUGCAGUGUUAUGGACAGAAAAAUGGGGGAGUGGGACUUAAUUGUUUUAUGGGAGACAGUAUGGAUUCAAUGGGCCAAAUGGACUACUUUUGUUCCACAAUAAUUCUUUCAGUGAUUAAAACCUUAAAAUCUAGUGUAUAAUACACUCUUAAUAUGCACUGUAUAGAUCAUAUUGGUGUUUGGGUUAUAUUGUAUUUUAAGGCCAGUUUUGCAAAAUUGGUAUCCAAUAGUGAUUCAUCUACUGGAUUUUAAUGUGGCCACUGGAGAAUGCAAGGUGUAUUUGCGUCAGUCAGUCAUUUGUCCCAGUUUGUUGCUAUCAUCCCUGUUUUAAGUUUUCUAAGGACUGUUACUUCAGCAUUGAUUUGAACUUUGUUUUCUGAAACUAAAGGGGGAAUCCACUAGCUACAUUGCAAUUUAUGAUCAUUACAAAUUGACUACAUGUUUUGCAUACUUUGUGAUCAAACUCAGAUUAUCUCUUAACUUCUGUUUGGGCCAGGGUCAUCUGUAAGGAUUCUAUGUGCUAAACCACUGUGAAGUGUAGAUUAGUGUUGUCAGAUUGACUGCCAGAUGGCCCCGUUUUCUGUGUACAUUUCUUGGAGCCUUUAAUUCAAUUAAUGCACCAGCUCACUUUUCAUUAAGUGCCCUUGGCCAUCUUGGGGAAGGCAAACAACAAUACCUGUCAAAGUUACCAUUAAUCCUGAACAAAACGGGCAGUAAACAUGAGGUGCAUUUUAUGCUACCAUUGUAAAACUCAACAACUUUAAGAUGAAAGAUGGUUGGGGGGCAUUUAGAAACAAGCUUUGAAUUCAAGGGAGGAUUGCAUUCUCUGUUGUGCUGGGAAUCACUGGCAGGAAUACUGCUGAUCUUUCACUGGUAUUAUUGGCAGACACACGAGUGGAAAGGGAUUGUUGGGAAAGAAAUUCCUUUCUAAGAUCACAGGAAAAUGGAGUUAAGCUUUUUUCUUGAUAGGCAUUUCCAGAUAAAUUAACAUAAAUCCUUCACAAAAAUGCAAGAUGCUAAACCUGGCAGAAUAUUGUCUAUAAACGUUAGACACUUGCUAUGAAAUAUUAAGAGAAUAUAAUGAGAUUGUGAGAUAAAUCUUUCCUGGAAAGAGGUUACAAAAUGUGGAAUUUAUUUUAUUGAGAAAUGUGUUUUUGGAUACAUAAAUAUUUCUAAAGCAUUUGGAAACUGAACUUACCUUCAUUUAUACUUGGUCAUGCUUUGGAAGAUGAGACAAAGAUAUCUGGUGUAAAGCUGCGUUCUAUUGGGGAAGUUCUUAAGCUACUUUUGUGUCUCCCAUUCUCCAUUAAGAAAGUGGAAUUAUAUAUGAAGAUAUUAUAAGCAAUAAUUUGUACAGUAAAUUAUUCUGUUUUUUUCUAUAUGUAUGGGAUG